AAAUUCCUCAUAAACUAAACCUCAAGAGGGAAGAGGGGGAAAAUGAGCAAGUCGGAGCAAGACAAAAAGAUAGUUUACACUGAAGAGCAAGAAGCCCUUGUGCAAAACUCGUGGAACAUAAUGAAGAAGAAUGCUACAGAAUGGGCAAUGAAGUUCUUCGCUAGGUCGUACCAGAGAGCUCCUUCAGCCGCGAAUAUGUUCUCAUUCUUGCGUGAUGCUUCGAACGUUCCCCCUGAGAGCAACCCCAAGCUCAAAAUACAUGCCCUGUCUGUAUUUGUUAUGAUUUGUGAAUCGGCAGCGCAAUUGAGGGAGGAAGGCGUGGUGACGGUGAGAGACACAACUCUGAAGAAGCUAGGGGGUUCGCACUACAAACAUGGUGUCACUGAUGAACAUUUUGAGGGGGUGAAGCUUGCACUACUGGACACAAUAAAGGAGGCUGUUCCUGAGAUGUGGGGCCCAGAUAUGAACGACGCUUGGGCUUCGGCCUAUGAUCAGCUUGCUGCCGCUAUCAAACAAGAGAUGAAACCCUCACCCUAGAUUCUUAGGAUUUCAUCAGCAUUUGUAGUUGUGCGAAACAAGAAAAUUGCCACGUUCUUUGUUGUGAGUGUAGCUGCUCUUUAAGGUAACGUCCGUGAUGUAUUAAUAAUAGAGAAGGGCUGCCCUCUUGCCAAUAGUUAUAGGAUAUUCUUGUCCUCCUCGCUAUCAAAAAAAUUUAACGAUGUUUAUCUUUUUUGGUAAUUUUACAAAGCAAUUUUUUGAAACAGACCCAUUUCAAAAAAACAUUUAAACCGA